AAUUAUUAUGAUUUCUUCGUUAGCGAUCAAAAUUAAGUCCCAAACACAUUAGCACGCCGCAGCUGAGUUGUGGUCUUAGAAUAUCCCCCAGAACCAAAUGUCCCCAUGAAGGUUAAAAUAUGGAAAUGUUACGAAACAUUGGGUCCGAUCCCCCGUCUCGAAGCACAACCGUUCCAUUUGUUUGGCUUUUGACAUUACCGGCUAGUGGCUUGGCCUAUUGCGUAAACCACGUUCGCAGGCAGUGUACGGUCUAUUUGGGCAAUUAAUUGUCACGUUUUAGGCUUUAGUAUCGGAUGGCUUUCGUUUGGGUUCAGUAAGCAAAAAGACGCUACUCCCGAGUAUACGAACACGGGGGAGAAAAAGUCCGACAAAGAUACGGGAAGCGGUUUGGUAACCAGCCAGCUGUCUACACUGAUAUAUAUUGGUCUACAGUUUAGACCCAUUCCGUUUUCUCGGUACCAGACUGUGAUAAUUGUGUCUCAGACGUCCGUAUUAUGGAUUGAUGCUCGACACUUUGCGACUGGUGAUACUUACUGGCGGAAACACAACUUAUCAUAUGAUUCUGCUUUCCCAGUUUACUGAAGAUGUACUUUUUGACUACUUUUAAGUCUGAUGACAGCGUAGUGCUCUAAUACAACCAUGGGAACCCCGAAUCGAGUCGCUGAAAUCAAGGCCGAUGCGGCCUCUGUGCCCAUCAGGGAUAUGGGGUCGUUCGUGUCACACCCCUACCCCAGUGAGGCUGACCUCCAAGAUCAUCGAAAGCAAGGCGGAGCUGAUGCCGUCUUCAUCGGACUACAGCUACCUCGUCGUAGACAUCGGCGUCGCCGACACCACAAACAUCACCGCAAGGACACGGCCAGUGAUGACAUCACAGAUGCAACUCCACCGUCGGAGCGAAUCCAGUACAUCCUGGAGGAUGAAGAUGACGAGCUGCACCGCGCCCACGACAUGUUCUGCGAGAUGACCGAACUGAUGGGCAGCGGAAACACGGACGAAGUCCAGUGGAAGGAAACGGCAAGGUGGAUAAAGUUUGAGGAGGAUGUGGAGGAGGGUGGUGAGCGGUGGUCGAAGCCACACGUUGCCACGUUGUCGCUGCACUCGCUGUUUGAGCUGCGCUGCAGCAUCAUGACGGGAACCGUGAUCCUCGACAUGGACGCAUACAACCUCGACCAAGUCACAGACAUGGUCCUUGACAACAUGAUUGCAUCCAAACAGCUGGAAGACACCCUGCGGGAUCAGGUCAAGGCCACGAUCAUGUGUCGACACAAACACCAGAACGAAAAGCGGCAUCGCCGCGACGACAGCAAGAUGCAUCUACCGAUCAUCCGAUCACUGGCGGAUAUUGGCAAAAAAUAUUCUGAGCCAAAACAUUUAUCUCUACAUGGGGACAGUCAGUCGCACAGUCAAAUCGGAGCAAAAAGCACUCCCAACAUGCAACAACUCCUGGGAGCCGGUCAGCACCUCACGACGGACUCGAGUGCAUCCGUGUCGCAAACACCAAGCAGUGCCGACAUAGUCGAAAGCGCUUUGCACAAGCUUAAGCUUCGGAAAAUUUCCUCUGCAGUGGAUAUUCCGCUAAAAUACAAGUAUCUCCGCAAGUGUUCAUCUGUGGGUGAUGUGCCUACAAUCAGUGCGGUGUUAAAUAAAAAUAUGAUCGAACGCCACUGGAAUCUACACUUCAUGAAGAAAAUUCGUCCUGGAUCAGAAGCAUCCAACAUCAUGGUUGGGGAGGUGGACUACCUCAAUCACCAGAUCGUCGCAUUCGUCCGUCUGACACAGGCCGUGUUGCUAGGCGACCUCACAGAGGUUCCUGUGCCGACCCGCUUCCUCUUCAUCCUGCUCGGCCCCGUGGGAAACCAGAACAAAUUUCACGAACUCGGUCGUUCCAUCGGAACACUGAUGUCGGAUGAGAUAUUCCACGAUGUCGCCUACCAUGCGAGAAAUCGCGAAGACCUGUUGGCGGGCAUUGAUGAGUUUCUCGACCAGGUGACGGUGCUGCCACCUGGUGAGUGGGAUCCCAGUAUAAGGAUUGAACCACCGAAGAGUGUUCCAUCUCAGGAAAGUCGAAAGAUGAAAUCGUCCAAGCCUCCGUUACCGAACGGCAAGGUGGUCAUAGAGGAGGAGGUGGACGAGCAUUCAGAUCCCACUCUACAGCGGACUGGAAGAAUAUUUGGAGGUUUGCGAGACGACAUCCGCCGGAAGUUGCCAUUCUGGCUGAGUGACUUCAAGGAUGCGCUCCAUGUCCAGUGUAUCGCAUCGUUCGUGUUUCUCUACUUCGCCUGCCUCACCCCGAUCAUCACAUUCGGAGGACUUCUCGGAGACGCUACAAACAACAAUAUGGCAGCUAUGGAGAGUAUAUUGGCUGGUUCAAUCUGUGGAGUAACAUAUGCAUUAUUUGCUGGGCAACCACUGACGAUUCUCGGAAGUACUGGUCCUGUGCUGGUGUUUGAGAAGAUUUUACACUCGUUUUGUAUCGACAAUGACUGGGACUACCUACAGCUGCGCCUGUGGAUCGGGGUGUGGACGGGUAUAUUCCUGAUGCUGAUCGUGGCGUUCGACCUGAGUGCGCUGGUGCGCUACAUCACGCGCUUUACGGAGGAGAGCUUCGCCGCACUCAUCUCGCUCAUCUUCAUCUAUGAGGCGUUCAUCAAGCUGGGCCACAUCUUGGACUACGCACCCAUCAACUUCAGCCCGAACCAGCCCAUCAACUAUGAGUGCUUCUGCGGUCCGAGCAAUUCGACGCUGGCUGGCAACGACACCGUGAAUGUCAGCAUGGCAGUCACGCAGCCGCUGGUUGCGUACACGAUAGCGAUGAACACGACGACGAAUGUUACGAACAUCACCAACUGGAGCGCCGUGCCCAAGGAGGAUUGCGUCGAGAUGGGAGGGGAGUUGUUUGGAGCCGGGUGCGACACGGUGAAGUACGUCCCCGACGUGUUUCUUCUCAGUGUGUUGCUCUUCCUCGGCACGUUCACGCUCGCUAUGGUUCUAAAGUCUGCCCGCAGUGCAUCCUUCUUCCCAACUCUAGUCAGGUCCAUGGUUAGCGACUUUGCUGUGAUAAUUGCCAUUCUUCUCAUGAUUGUUGCCGACAUUCUCAUUGGUCUGGGCACACCCAAACUGAUGGUUCCAGCCGAAUUCAGCCCGACUAUCCCCGACCGCGGGUGGGUGGUGAACCCGUUGGGGAGGAACCCGUGGUGGCUGAUCAUCGCAGCCAUCAUCCCCGCGCUGUUGCUGAUGAUUCUCAUCUUCAUGGAUCAGCAGAUCACCUGCGUCAUCAUCAACAGGAAGGAAAACAAACUUGUGAAAGGCCACGGUUACCACUUGGAUCUGUUCCUGGUGACGAUACUGAUCGUGAUCAACUCGUUUCUUGGUCUGCCUUGGUUCGUAGCCGCCACUGUACUGUCCAUCAACCACGUGAACAGCUUGAAGAAAGAGUCGCAGUGUUCCGCCCCCGGGGAACGACCCAAGUUUCUCGGUGUUAGAGAACAACGUGUAACAGGAAUCUGUAUUUUUCUCUUCAUCGGAGUUUCUGUUCUUUUAACAUCUGUUCUCAAGUACAUUCCGAUGCCGGUGCUGUACGGGGUGUUCCUGUACAUGGGCGUGUCGUCCCUGAACGGCAUGCAGCUGGUGGACCGCAUCCUCAUCGUGCUGAUGCCGCGCAAGUACCAGCCCGACCUCAUGUACCUGCGGCACGUGCGCACCAAGAAGGUGCACCUCUUCACCUUCAUCCAGGUCUUCUGUCUCGCCGUGCUGUGGAUCGUGAAGACCGUCAAGAAGAUCUCCAUAGCGUUCCCUCUCAUGGUACUCACCAUGUGCUUCAUACGGAAAUUCAUGGAACGUAUAUUCACCCAGCAUGAACUGAAGUGGCUCGAUGACAUCAUGCCAGAGUCUCACAAACGUGCCAAAGCAGACGAAGAAACCGAUGAUGAGGGUGAGGAAAUGGUGGAAGGUGUCCUGCUUGAUCCUGGAGUGAUUGCUGUGCCGAUCCACGUGGAGUCGAACCCGGACAUGGUGAACAUCUCGGAGCAGAUGUUGAAGUCCGGCAUGUGGAAGACCAUCAUAGCCAACGACUCUUCGUCCAACCUCAUCAACGAGGAGCAGCGGUCCAGCUCCAGAAGAAAGAAGAAGAGCAAGAAACAGAAGAAUGACGGAAACGCGAUGCCGACAAUUCCAGCCAGCCCUCACGAAGAGAACUCCGAGGAGGAGCACGAUGACACCCAGAGGUCACCCAGCAAGAAGAAAGGUCAGCCCGUCAGGUUCUACAUCGACGACGAAGAGAAGGAAGAGAAAGAAUCGUUGAUAAAGGCUCCCGAGAUCGUCGUCGACCCUCCCAGCGACGUCAGCCGUUUAAACUCUCCGUCGGGUGAUGACGAAAGUAAAGUAUGAGAAUUCGAAGAACACUGAAUUGAAGAUGGGUGUUUGGGGUUUUUUUUUUUUUAAGAAGUGCUAAUUUUGUAUAUAAUUUGCAACAGGAUAUAUUUUUAGCUUCAGUUAAAACCAUGCUGAUAGAUUUUUCCUCCCCACCCUGAAAACAAACAUAAGAACAUAUUUGAUAGAAACGAAUGGGAAAUUUUUAUUAAUGUUUUAUUCAUGCUUCUUGAAAAAGUGUGGAAAGUUUUUCUUUAGAUAAGUGACUGACAUGUCUCGAGAUUGAAGAAACUAUAAAAUUGUGGCAAAUAAUUUUUUUGUCGUCUGUAAUAUUCCCCCCCCCCCACCCCCCAAAGCAUUUUUGAUAGAAAAGGGGAGAAAGAAACCGAACAUUUUUCAUAAGGUUGUAAUCGUGCUUUACUAGAAAGUGAAAAAUCUGGUAAUUGAAGAAAUGUAUAAAAUUGUGGCAACUAAUUUUUUUUUGUUCUGUAAUAUUCAGCGCCUGCAAUUAAGGAAAUGUGCACAGCUAAAAACAUGAUGUGGAAUUUUUUUUAAUAUAAAUUAUAAUCCACAGCAAGAAAAAAGUGCUGUGAAGAAUUAAAAACUGCGCCAAUCUACAAAGCAUUGCUGAUUACCGUGAGCAAUUGCAGUGGUUGAAUAUUAGAUAUAUUUUUAAGAACCAAUGUACACCAUAAAUUAUUGAUGAAUUCUGGUUAGUGCUGAAUGAAAAAUGUUUUUAAUCUGUUCUUUGAUCAAAUGCGCAUAGUUAUCCCCCUUACUUAUUAGGACCUUAUGAAGUGGGGUUUUUAAUAUAUUUUUUUGUGUCUAGUAUCAUUUUCAUCUUUAAUAAUUUGUGGUUGUUUUACAGACAGUAGCUCAGGGCUUGAACUUAAGAAUGUGUCUCCCACGGCAGUUUUAAAAAGAAUUGCAAUGGGUCUAAUGACGGUAAUUUUUAACCUGCCUAUGUGACAUUUGCAGCAAAUAAACCUGACUGAAAGGCCAUCUUGUUAUAUGUAGACAUCUUUGAAAUGUGCAAGUGUUAAAUAUUGGCAGAUAAUGUAUACCAGGUGUAUACUUUUCACCAUUGUUGAGAAGUUUUACCGACAGCACAAAAGUAACAUCGGUGAUGCUCUCUACCUACGGCAAUUUAUAUCUCAACGACGGCAAUUGUCGUCCGUGCCGCCGUUAGGUUCGAGCCAUAGUAGCUUUCUGAAACAAGAUGGAAACAUCUGAGGAAUUUUAUUCGCUCUUACUUGUGGAGGGCAAAAAUUGGUUUUUUAUGUGUGUGGUUUUUUUAUUUUUUUUUAUUUUUAAACUCCCAAAUCUGAUGGAUGAUAAGAAAUUUACCUUGGUAAUUGGCGCAGGAAUCAUGAUACAAAAAACGACAUUACAUGACAAUCGGUACACACGCAUAUAGCAAUAAUUUUACUUCGUGGGCUGGUAGAACCUAAAUGUGAACACCUUUGAAAAUGAUAUGAAAUGCAAAAUACCAAUUAUGCUAUAGGGGCAUUCUUAUUAUUCGAUUAGUCGCACCGACUUGUCUGUAUACGAUCGACUCGUACAGUGAGAACAACAGGUCCUAAAUUGUAUCAACAUUAGUCUUAUACGACAAGUCGAUUAGAACAUGUCCUAUUUCUCAUGACAAAUCGCAUGUGACAAGUUGGCGCAACAGAUCGCAUGAUGAGAUUGUCACUUAACAAUAUUUUGAAUGCUGGACAGAAUGAGAAAUAUUUUGAAUAUUUUAUCAACAAAAUUUUGUGUUAUGGGGGUAUGUGUCUUUAUUUUUUGUUCCCAUUUUUUUUUAAAUGUGUGCACUUAUUUAAUGUUCAUUUAUUUAUCUAAUCUUGCAAACGAGAUAAAAAUACGAAUUAAUUAAAAUGUUUCAUGUCUGGUGUACAUUAUGUUUUAAAGAGACAAAAAGGGCGUGUCUUUUUUAAGAGACUUUUCAGAUAUAAACAUGACAGUGACCUAAAUGUUUAAAGUCAGAAUAUUUUGGUGUGGGAUUAUCUACUGUUAUGCCAUGCUCUACACUUAAGUCUUUUAAUUAUCUUGGUUUUACCUGCACCAAAGGUAAAAGGAAAAACACACAUCAGUGCCUGUGUUGGGUAAUCACUCAUUUCCUGUAUGGAUUCAUCCUAUUGGCAAGAUGCAUUACAUGUAUAUGUAGUUACCACUACCGAGUUGUUUUUAUGCUGUGUGUGUGGUAAACGUGAAGCUUGGAAGAAAAACAUCAAUGAAGAAUCAUGACACAUUUUUAAAACUCAUUGGUGUAGCAAUUGGAUGGAAUUGGUGGCAAAAUGUCUUGUGAUCUAGUGUCCCAAAUGCCAUGAGUCACAAAGGUUCUCUAACUUUAGAUCUAGACGCCCAAAUGUCAUGGAAGCUAAGGUCCCGACAAGUUGGACUCAAAAACCCAAAUAACAUGGAAGCUAAGGUCACAACAACUUGGACUCAAAAACCCAAAUGCCAUGGAAGCUAAGGUCAUGACAACUUGGACUCAAAAACCCAAAUGCCAUGGAAGCUAAGGUCACGACAACUUGGACUCAAAAACCCAAAUGCCAUGGAAGCUAAGGUCCCGACAACUUGGACUCAAAAACCCAAAUAACAUGGAAGCUAAGGUCACGACAACUUGGACUCAAAAACCCAAAUAACAUGGAAGCUAAGGUCACGACAACUUUCGACUCAAAAGCCCACAUGCCAGGGAAGUAAGGUCCUGACAACUUGAACUCAAAAGAAGAGCCGGCCAAGGCUGGCAUCUAUGACCAUGACAGGCGUGCGCUACAGCAGCUUGCUCUGAAUGUGAACGUAAAACCCGACCUGACCUGACCUGACCGGACCGAUAAUGACAUUUUGCCACUGAUAUUUCCAUUCCUAGCUAUGCCACUGAGAAAAUCUUUGUUGUUUUUAACUGAAUAGAAAGGAAAAGUGUAAAACUUGUCUUUUUAUAGAUGUUCAUUAUGCAUACCGCAGCUCUAGGCUAGCAGCGGAAAUAAAUAUGUGAAUAUAUUUUAGAAGUAUUUUUGUGCAUAGUACAUGGAUUUUAAACUGUCAGCUAUGAAUGAUAGAUAGACGUUUGUGCAAUUUGUUAUGCUAGUGAUAAUGGACGAUACUAUUUUUAACCAUUGUAAUGAUACAGUUGUACAGGUGUGUUUUUUUUUUUUCUGGUUUUUUUUUUUUUUUCCCCCCCCCAACGAAUUGUAAGAAAAAAUUAAAUAUGAUUUUUAAACAACUUUUAUGAGAUAAAAGUAUAUACUAUAUAAGAAUUGUAUAAUGAAAUUGUAUAGUGAAAUGGAUUUUAAUAGUUUACUAUUGCUAACAUUUGUUGGUGAAUGAAAAUGUACAAAUUAUAAAAUGUGAAAUAAAAUAAUAAGUAUAAGGCUCAUAUUAGUCUUAACAAAUCAAGAACUGUACUAAACUACUAUAUAUUUUUUGUAUUUAUUAUGUUUUUGUUAAACGAUUGUAACCUGUACCAUAAUUGGAUGUAGAUUUUAAAACCCCAAUUUACAGGUACAUUUCUGUUUAUGAAGACAGAAUCCAGGAUGUGGGCAUUGAAUUUAGCUUUUGGGGGUUAAGGGGUGGGUGUUUUUGUGAGGUUUUUUUAAGGAUUUUGCCGGAAAAUUGUAAAAAAUAUGUAAUAUAGAUACAUUGUGAUUCUAUCUCGUAAUCUUACGCUUCCAACCCCAAAUCAUGAAUUCAUUGAAGCAUGGAAUCCUGCUUGAUUUAGAGUGUGAUAUAUUUCAACAUAAAUAAAAACAUCUGAGAGAAUUAUGGAUUUCCUCGACAUCGCUAAAAUAUAAAAGAUUUUGACAUUGCAUUGUCAAAACUCAUUUCACAUAUUUAACGUUUAGACAUAUUUAUUUUCAUUCAUGAAAAAAGAGAAGUUUUGGCAACUAAUAAAUUUGAUGUUAUUUUGAUUGUUGUUGUUUUAGAAUUAUGUUUUCCCCUUGUAAUCAUAAGUUACCAUCAUGACAUACAUGUACAUUGUAACAUGACCUACAUUGAAAAACUAGUUUCAGGGCUCGACGUUAGCGGUAGCCCAGGCUAUUUUGGCUAUCAAAUGUUUGCGUGGAUACCAGAUGUCUAAACCUGGUAGUCCACCGGGCUACUAUAUAUUUGUUUUACACGUCCAGUUACUCUGCAAUCAACAUGUACAAGUGUGUAUUUCACGGUAUAUUUCUCAUGAUUUUAAAAACCCUAAAACAUGUUUAAAUAAAAAAUAAAUGAUU